AUGUCGGACUGGUAUUGGCGGGUAUUCGCUCUAAAGGCAGCUUUUGCUUUAACAUUUAUUGUAUGUAGUAUACGAGCUGACGAUACAGUGCAACAGUUACCGUUCUGCAAUCCCACGAACGUAAACGAAGACUCUGCUUUAAAAGACCUAGUUAUCGUCAGCACCUUAGAUGGGAGGCUAAGUGCAUUCUCCACAAAAAAUGGUAACAAGGCAUGGGACCUUGAGACACAGCCGUUGCUGUCCUCUAACUUGCAUCAUGUCGAGCUUACAUCAGGAGGUAAAUGGGUGCGAUUGGUGCCAUCCCUCACCGGUUCACUGUACAGCCUCAGUGGGGACACGAUUGAGCCCCUACCGUUCAACGCGGACCAACUGCUAUCCUCGUCAUUCAAAUACUCCGAUGACCUGGUCAUAGCCGGUGCUCGAGAAACACACUGGUUUGGUCUGGAUGCUCUUACAGGCAGUAUUAUAUACGAAUGUGGGUCAGGCGGAUGCAACAGCGAGGAGCAGACUGCUGGAGCAGGCCGCGAUGUUCUGGUACUCAGGAGGCAUUCCAACACUGUACGAGCACUUGACCCUAGAAAUGGCAAUGAAAAAUGGAACUUUAGUGUGGCCGAACACCAGGUGGCGCUAUCGAAGCGUGAGUGCGCGGGAACACCUACGCCCUCGGGACCCAUCGCGAUGGCAGUCGCCUUACCAGAAGGGAUGAUCACUAUCAAGGAUACAGAUGGCACCAGCUUCUUAUGGCAACAGAAGCUGGAUGCUCCAGUAGCCGGCAUAUGGCGACUGCACUCCGGUACUCUCCAGAGCAUCGACGUCCUGUGGGAGGCGACUCAAACCUUGGUCGAGGGAGGGAUCGCACAAAAGCCCUCGUUAUACAUCGGUGUACAUAAUAGACAACUGUACAUCCAAGAGAGUGAACUCUACUCGCAUAAACUGGAGACUGCGGUGUCGGUGAAGCCGCAGCAGUGGAAGCUCGUGACGUCGCGACCGCAGCCGCAGCUCCCCGCCGCCCCCGCCCCGGCCCCCGCCCCCGCCCCCGCCCGCCCCGGCGACACGGCGCUGAGCGUGCACGACACCGACGCCAACGCCUUGUCGCUCAUCACGCUCUACGGGACCAACAUCGGGGAUCACGGCUACUUUGUCUAUCAGUACGAAACUUGUGAACAAUCCGUCCAGGUCACUGACAACGACUUUGAUGAGGCUGGACAACCAAACACGAGCGAUGAUGAACCAGACCAUCACCACAUCCACGUGCAUAUAUCUUCACUAUGGUACUGGUGGAAAGAAGUAGUGCUUAUAGCGAUAUCAUCAGCUCUAUUGAUGAAUUUGAUGAUCUGGCCGAGGAUUAUCGCGCCCAAGAUCAGACCUGUUACGCCUUUGCCUACUAGUCAAGAACAGGUGGUGGUGCAGGUGUACGGCUACGCGCCGGAGCCGCUCCCCCCGCCCCCGCCCCCGCUGCCAGUGGCGGAGUACUGCGGGCGCUACGACAGCGACUUCAAGGCGGUGCGACUGCUCGGCAAGGGCGGCUUCGGGGUAGUGUUCGAGGCCAUGAACAACAUCGACCAUUGUUCGUAUGCCGUCAAGAGGAUCACUUUGCCCAGGAAAGAGGCGAAGCGCGAGCGCGUGCUACGCGAGGUGCGGGCGCUGGCCAAGCUGGACCACGAGCACAUCGUGCGGUACUUCAACUCCUGGGUGGAGGAGCCGCCCCCUCACUGGCAGGAACAGCGGGAUGCCACUUGGAUGAAGGAACUGGAAGGCGCGUCUUUGGCUAUGACAGAUGAUUACUACGGAACAUCCCGCACACCUGCCAAGAAACCACCGAAGGAUGUCUUAUUGGACUUGAGCAGUAAAUGCUCACUACCCCCCAAGAGACUCAGAUCCCAAAGUUGCAACGAUUCAGUCAGCAUAGUCUUUGAUAAGAACGCCCCCGAUCACUUGACAUCAGCCCACCUGUCCAACACCCCAGUCAACAUCACCCCCGACUCUAUCGCCAAACCUCCAUUAAGCGAUGACGACUCGUUCAUAGUGUUCGCCAACUCCGAACAUACAGAGAACGCCGUUGACGAAGAUGAAGAUGAUUCAGAGUUGAAGAAUUCUUCAUACAAUAAGAGAUUGGAGAGAGUCAAGGAGUGUGAUUAUAAGACUGAAACUACAACUAGCAGAAAGAAAAAGAAGGGCCACACCCGUCACUGGUCGCUGGACAUGGUGGUGAGUAGCAACGAGCUUCCCCCUCCCGGCCCCAGCACCGCGAGCUACAGCCCCCAGAUGUACCUUUAUAUACAGAUGCAGCUGUGCCGCAGGGACAGUCUGCAUGACUGGCUCCGGCAGAACGUCUCGUGCGAUGCCAGAGCUGAUAAGGUAAAAAUACUGUUUAGUCAAAUAGUGUCAGCAGUGGAGUACGUGCACCUGGCGGGGCUGAUCCAUCGCGACCUGAAGCCCAGCAACAUCCUGUUCGCGCCGGACGGGCGGGUCAAGGUGGGCGACUUCGGCCUCGUCACCGCCAUGAGCGAUACUUCGCAGGAUGGAGAGACGCCCGACGCCCCCGACGUGUAUCAGAGACAUACGUACCAAGUUGGUACUCAUCUGUACAUGUCCCCUGAACAACUGCUGGGUCGUCCGUACAGCUACAAGGUGGACAUCUUUUCCCUGGGACUGAUCCUGUUCGAGUUGCUGCAACCGUUCGGUACGGAGUCUGAACGGAUCACGUGCUUACAGAGACUCAGAAAUGGACACUAUCCACAAGACUUUCAGAAGCAAUAUCCACAUGAGACUGAUGUUCUGAAGCUGAUGCUAAGUGAGGAGCCGUCGAAGCGCCCCACGGCCACAGGAGUACGGGCGCGCGCCCCCCUCUACCAACUCACCGAUACCAAGUACCACUUCACGUUGCCUCUCAUGAUUGCGGCAUAA